AGGGAUUAUAACCGAAACUGAGCCAUGAUCUGGCAACCCUGCUGUCUGAUCUAUAAUCACCUCCCUGUAAAAUCUCUCCUCCAUACGGAUAUUGAGUUUCGUUUUCAGGGAAACAGAACUCAGACACACCUUUAUUUGCUUUUCCAGCUUAUUCAACUCUCACAUCUUGACUUUCCUCUGAGAAUAAGUUUAACUUUUUAUCACUGCCAUUUUUUUUUACACACACUCACACACAUACACACACUCUCUCUCUCUCUCACACACACACACACACACACACACACACACACACACACACACACACACACCAUGGCGUCCUAUCUGGAAGAAGAUCUGACGUGUCCAGUGUGUUUAGAGAUCUAUAAGGAUCCUCAGCUCCUCUCCUGUGGACACACUUUCUGCCGCAGAUGUCUCGGAUAUCAACAAAAUGUUUUCUCCGCCUUUUCCACUCGAACAUGUACCGUGUGUCAGAGGAAAAUACACCAGGAACCUGUUAGCAACCUGGCUCUGAGGAAGACUUGUGAGUCCUAUCAGAGGGAGAGGAAGAAGGAGAAGGGGAAUGAAGAGAGGGAGGAAGACUGUGGGAUUAAAUGUCUGAUGCACGGAGAGAAACUCCUGUUUUUCUGCAGGGACCAUGAAGUGGCCAUAUGUUCUCAAUGCAGGAAACAGAGUCACAUGUCACACAGCGUUCAACCGCUUACACACACUGUUCACCAGCGAAAGGACCAAAUCAAAGCCGCGCUCCGUCCAGCGGAGAAAGUUCUGGAGUGUUUAAGGGACGGCACGGCACUGGAGCGUAAAGUCACCAAAUACAUCGAGUCUCAGGCCGAGCAGACGGAGAAGCAUAUGAAGGAGGAGUUUGAGAAGCUUCAUCAGUUCCUCAGAGAGGAGGAGGAAGCCAGGAGAGCUGCGCUGAGAGAGGAAGAGAAGGAGAAGAAAGGAAAGCUAGAAGGAUGGAUCGAACAAGAGUUACAGUCCCUCUCUGAUAAACUGAUAGAGGUGGAAGAAGAGAUGGAGAACGAUGAUGUCACGUUCCUAGCGAAUUAUGACCACAUAAUGACACGGGCUCGGUACAGACCGUCAGAUUCGCAGCUGAACUCAGGAUCUCUGAUCGAUGUGGCCAAGCACGUGGGAAAUCUGAGAUUCAGUGUGUGGGAGAAGAUGAAAGAUCUCUGUCCUUACUACCCGGUAGUCCUCGACCCAAACUCCUCCCACAUCUCUGUAUCUGAUGAUCUGGUGUGUGUGAGCCGCUCCAUUCGCAGGUUUUACUCCCCCAGCCCCCUACAGAACAAAGAUAUCCAUUUGGUUCUCGGUUCGGAGGCCCAAAACGCUAGCUUCAACUGCUGGGACGUGGAGGUGGGAGACAGCAAGCACUGGACCCUGGGUGUGUGUCGACGCUCGGCAGCUGAGAGAAACCGCACGCAACCACUGACCCCUCAAAAUGGGUUUUGGGGCCUCAGUAGAAACGGCGAUUUCUAUAAUGCCCUGUGGACCGCAGAGGCUCCAUUUCGGUUAAGGAGGCCUCCAAAAACGGUGCGAGUGAAGCUGGUGCAGCGUCCCGACCUCAACAACAAUCAACUUUACUGGAUGCUGAGAUUUUUAGACGCUAGAAAUGAAACUGCGAUCGCUUGUAUUCGUGAUGUAGCCUUCAGGAAGGAUUUGUUUCCCUUUCUGAUCCCAGAGGAGAGAGACGCUCCUCUGUGCAUUGUCCCUGUAAAUAUAAACAUGACCACGGAGAAGAAAUUCAGCUUCUUUGAGAGGCACAUGAUACCUUUGGACAUGAUAUCUUUAUAUGUAAUCGCAUUCCUCGUAGUGCUUUUGGUGCUGUUGGUGAUGAUAUGGACAAAAAUAAAUUGAGAAAGGGAAACUCAGAGUGGUUUGGGUUGCAUUUCAAGAAGCAUCUUAUAAGAAUAUAUUUAAAUAAUCAAGUUAAGACAGAUCAACUAGGCUUCUAAAAGCAAAAAUAGCAUGCUUCUGGAGCUCAGUACAGAGAAGUAGAUAAAAAAUGCAGAUAGUUCAGCAUGGAAACCAGAGUUUAGUUAUAAUGAAGCAUAAUAGAACCAAAGGAUGUGGGUACCGACGAGACGCCGUAAUUUUUGCAGAUCAAAUUGUACAGAUCACAGGAAACUGCAGGAGAUUAAAGCAUUUAAAUUUCAUAACAGAAUUAUGCUUCCUGGUGAAAAAAAAAAGCUGCAUACUGGAUUUUUCAUCUUCAGCAGGUAAAAAUGUACCAGGAUUUUGUUUACUUGUUUAUUUUAUUUGAUGUUCUCUGUGUUGUAAAAUGAUUGUAUGAUGAUAAAACACUAAUGUUCUACUCGUGGAAUAAUGACACAUUAUAAAUGUGUAUAAUUGUAUAAAAAUUAAACAAAAAUACAUACAGUUGGGGAAAUAAGUAUUGAACGUGUCAGCAUUUUUUUUCAGUAAAUCUAUUUCCAGUGAGGUUAUUCACAUGAAGUUUUCACCGGACUUCAGUAUUAACUCAAGAAAUCCAGAAAUAUAAAGAAUUCACAACAUUAAAGUCCAUAAAUAAAGUUAUGUGUAAUAAAGUGGAAUGACACAGGAACAAAGUAUCGAACACGCUAAGAAAAGGCAGUUCUCCAAGGCAAGGUAAGGCAAGGAACCAGCUGAAAUCCGUAAGUAAUUACACCCCCUAUCUGUGCAAAUUAAUAUCAGCUGGGUUAGUACAUUGACGGUCUAUAAAAAGGCUUUUCGUUCAGUAUUUAUUUCCCCCACUGUAUAAUUUGUUCUGUUUGAAAUUGUUAAUGAAUACACACAUACACACACACAAAAAGUUUUGAAAAUGGUGUUGAUAUUAUAGAGGAUUUGUUCAGGUGUCAGUUACGAAUGAAAUCAUGUGGGGAAAAUAAAACUCAUGAAACAUGAAA